GCUCUCUUUUACACUUUUUUUUUCACAUAAAUUUUGAUAUUUACUUUUAUUUAUAUAUAAUUGCGUUGAUUGGAGGCUCUGUUGAAUUAAGGAGAUUAACGAUUCAUUCCGAGAUUUCGGUGAAUCCGGAAUCAGGAAGAGAAUUUUGAAUUUGUGAUUUUAGUAUUUUGGAUUGGAAUUGGUUUUGGUGGAUGCCGAUGGCGGCGGGGGCAACUGAUCGAGCGCGGCCGGUGAUGAUGCCGCCAGCGGCAGCGGCGGCGGUGACGGAUACAUUAGCGAAGGACGCGGUGUUAGGGUGGUUCAGAGGGGAGUUUGCGGCGGCGAACGCGAUAAUCGAUGCGCUGUGUGGACAUCUGGCGCAGGUGAGUGACAUUGGAGGAUUGGAGUACGAAGCAGUGUUCGGUGCGAUUCAUAGACGACGGCUGAAUUGGAUCCCGGUCCUGCAAAUGCAGAAGUAUCAUCCGAUCGGCGACGUCGCGGUGGAGCUCCGGAAGGUGACGGCGGAGAAGAAGAAGAAGAAGAAGAAGAAGCAGAAUCAGGAGGAGGAGGAGGAGGAGGAGGAGGCGGCGGAAGUGGCCGAGGACGACGGCGAUGUUGAAAUGGAGGCGAAGAAGACGAGUGAAGCAGAUGAAAAUGGAGGUAAGAUGUGUUCGGAUGAGGAAUUUGUCGAAGAGGAAGCGAAUAAUGAGAAAGUGAAGAUCGAAGAGAUGUCGAUUGAGAUCAACGAAACCGAAGGCGGAAGAAAUGAGGAUUUGGCUCCAAUUGAAGAGGAGGAUUCAAUCGGAAGCGAGAUAACCGAUUCAGGAUCUCAAGGGGGAGGAGGAGGAGGAGGAGUGCAGGCCAGCUCUGCAGAAGUUGAGAUAUGCAGCAACCAUGGAGAGUGUGAAGCACGUCCGGGGCUGAUGAAGUUGACAAAAGGAUUCUCCGCUAAGGAGCCAGUGAAGGGCCAUAUGGUGAAUGUUGUGAAAGGAUUGAAAUGUUAUGAAAACAUUUUCACAGAGUCUGAAUUGGUGAAGUUGAAUGACUUUGUUGAUGAUCUUCGCUCUGCUGCAAAGAAUGGGGAGCUCUCUGGAGAGACAUUUGUUUUAUUCAAUCAGCAGGUGAAAGGCAACCGGCGAGAGAUGAUCCAGCUUGGCGUCCCCAUUUUUGGACAGAUCAGAGAUGACUCUGCCAAUAACAGCCGAACAAGCAACAUAGAACCGAUUCCACCUCUUCUUGUGACGGUUAUUGAUCAUCUCAUUCAGUGGCAGCUCAUUCCGGAGUACAAAAGACCAAAUGGAUGUCUCGUCAAUUUCUUUGAAGAGGGCGAGUAUUCACAGCCAUUCCAGAAACCUCCACACUUGGAACAACCCAUUUCCACUCUCUUCCUUUCUGAAUCAACUAUGGCUUUUGGGCGUUCUAUUGUAAGUGAUAACGAAGGCAACUAUAAGGGGCCGCUCAUGCUGUCCUUGAAGGAAGGAUCCCUUUUGGUCAUGAGGGGCAACAGUGCAGAUGUUGCACGCCAUGUCAUAUGUGCAUCUCCUAAUAAAAGGGUCACCAUCACGUUCUUCCGAGUUCGGCCAGACUACGAUCAAUGCCAAUCACCAACCCCUCAGCAGAUGUCGAACGCUGUAACUCUAUGGCAACCGGGUGUUGCUGGCACAUGCACCUUGCCUAAUGGAGCCACCUACGGCUAUGAAGCAAUGGAGGUAAUGCCAAAAUGGGGGAUCCUUCAUGCACCGGUGGUCAUGUUAGCUCCUGUGCGCCCUAUGGUGAUGAGCCCUGGAAGAUCUCAACGUGAUGGCACUGGAGUGUUCUUACCAUGGGCUGUCAAUUCAAGAAAACCAGCAAAACAUCUUCCUCCUCGCGCUAGAAAAGGUCGGUUCCUUGCAUUACCUUCCCCUGUCGAAACUCGUCUACCAGACUCAUCUUACGAACAACCAGGCAUAAGUGUUUGAGUCUGAAAUCAGAGCAGUUCUGAAGUCGAAGCAACACGACUCUACUAAGUAGCGUUCUUGUCCUUUCACUGAUGGAUCUGAGUGAGUUUUUCCUAUUAAUUCCAUCCCCUCCCCGAACACCACGAACCGCUUAUUUAUUUGGUUUCCAAGUUCUUAGGGUUCUUUUCUUUCUUUUAGAUGAAGUUGAGGUUCAAAGUUUGAAGAGUGAACUAGAGGAUUUAGGUUCGAAUUUUGUAUUUACUAAUUGUAUUUAAAUCUUUCCUUUUCCUUCUAUUCUAGAGGUUAAACUUAACUAUCA